UUUCCGUGAAUUUUUGAGGCAUCACAGAGGCGCUAACCGACGAUCACAGUGCAUGAGAUGGUCCAAUAGGAAAAUCUCAUCUAUCCAAAAACUGCGAGGCAAGAAGUGUUCAUCUGAGAAGUCGAAACUUCGAAACAACAGAGCAGAAAUGGUGGCCGCAUCACUCUCGUUCCUGUCAACCCUCCCUCCUUUGCUUCCUGGGUCUCCUCAGACAUUUCUCAUCACUACACAUAGAUACUUCCCUGGUGGCAUUUAUUGCCGGAAGAUUGAAGCUACAGUUCUUGAUGAAGGUCAAUUCCGUCGAAGAGAUGUUCUUAAAUGUGUUGGAGCUACCGUCGGCAUGGAAAUAUUAGCAAGCUCUGGAUCACUCGUAGAAAUGGCCAGUGCUGCUGAUUUAAUACAACGAAGACAACGCUCUGAGUUUCUCUCGAGUGUUAAGGCGACCCUAAGUACCACCAUAAAGGGCAAUCCAGAGCUCAUCCCAUCCUUUCUAACUCUAGCAUUGAAUGAUGCCAUGACUUAUGACAAGGCUACAAAAUCUGGUGGUCCAAAUGGAUCAAUUAGGUUCAGCUCAGAGAUAAGCAGACCUGAAAAUAAGGGGCUAUCUGCUGCUUUGAGUCUCUUAGAGGAAGCAAAAAAAGAAAUAGAUUCUUAUUCCAAGGGUGGACCCAUUUCAUUUGCAGAUCUCAUCCAAUAUGCAGCACAAGGAGCACUUAAGAGUACCUUCCUUGCAUCUGCGAUUCGCAAAUGUGGUGGAAAUGAAGAGAAGGGGAUCUUGUUAUAUACUGCAUAUGGCUCAAAUGGACAGUGGGGCUUGUUUGAUAAACAAUUUGGGAGGACAGAUACAGAGGAACCAGAUUCAGAGGGAAGGGUUCCGCAAUGGGAGAAGGCAUCAGUUCAGGAAAUGAAGGAUAAGUUUUCUGCUGUUGGACUUGGCCCUCGCCAGUUAGCUGUUAUGUCUGCAUUCCUGGGUCCUGAUCAGAGCAAAACAGAGAGUUUAUUAGCUUCAGAUCCUGAUGUUUUACCGUGGAUUCAGAAAUACCAACGUAGCCGAGAAACAGUGUCUCAGACUGACUAUGAGGUUGACCUUAUAACUACCCUAACGAAACUUAGUUGCCUGGGGCAAAAAAUUAACUAUGAAGCCUAUACAUAUCCUGUUCAAAAAGUUGAUUUAAGCAAACUCAAGUUAUAGAAGCAAGGAGCUGAUAAAAGAGAAGAACACCAACUCAGCACAGUUGAUUCCUAGUCACAACAUUUAUUUACCUUUGGAGGCUCAGUGUUUUGGAGGAACAUUUUUCAUUUCAAUAGUGUGAGAUAGAAUUUUAUUUCCAAUUUUGAGAUGGUAUGUUUUGGUCUCCAGGUUUGUGGAGUUACAUAGUUAUCAGCCUUACAUUACAACUUGUAUCCUUUCCUUAGAUCGGUAAUUCUGGUAAGAAGAAAAUUUGUAAUAUAUGCUUGUACACCAUUUUGGCAUGUAGUUUUAGUAGAUGAAAUGUGAAAGAUAUGUUACUUGUACAAGGACACUAUACUUGUGGUUAAUCCAGAAGGCUACUUUGAACUGCA